GCUGUGGAUACAAGGUAAACGUCAUAUCGUCUGUUAUGCCAAUACGUGUCUACCGUUUACACGUUUAGGCUGUUGAGUAAUCGAGAAGCGGGUCUGGGCAUGCGCACUGCAUCGGCUCUAUGGGGACGGGGAGGACAUCACGGAAAAAAGCAGCAGCAGCAGCAGCAGCACAAACCACACGCCGAGAUUGCGACUGUCCGCUGCGCUAUGACGAUGUCCAGCCCGGCGCUCGAGCGCGGGGCGAGCGCUUGACAGGCCUGGCUGAGGUCUGAGCUGCUGCCGGGAGGAAGGAGAAUCCAUAGCUUCAUAUAUGGGAGCAGCAUGCGGGAAAUGGUCGGAGGCUGCUGCGUGUGUUCGGACGAGCGAGGCUGGGCAGAGAACCCGCUGGUCUACUGUGAUGGACACGGCUGCAGCGUCGCCGUUCAUCAAGCAUGUUAUGGCAUCGUCCAGGUGCCCACAGGUCCAUGGUUCUGUCGGAAGUGUGAGUCACAGGAACGGGCGGCUCGCGUGAGAUGUGAGCUGUGCCCCCACAAGGAUGGUGCCCUCAAGAGGACGGACAGCGGAGGCUGGGCUCACGUUGUGUGCGCACUGUACAUCCCCGAGGUGCAGUUUGCCAACGUCCUCACCAUGGAGCCCAUCAUCUUGCAGUACGUCCCCCACGAUCGAUACAUGAAGACAUGCUACAUCUGUGAGGACCAAGGGAGGGAGAGCAAGGCUGCGUGCGGAGCCUGCAUGACCUGCAACAGACAGGGCUGCAGACAAGCCUUCCAUGUCACCUGUGCCCAAAUGGCAGGACUUCUGUGUGAGGAGGAAGGUCCUGAAGCGGACAAUGUGAAGUAUUGUGGCUACUGCAAACACCACUACAAUAAAAUGCAGAAGAAAUUGCGCUCAAAUGAUAAUAUCAGCGACUCCUACAGCCAUUCAAGGGGGCGCUCCACCUCCCCGUCCCAGGAUAAGCAACACCACCACCACAGACAGCGGAGGAGUCACAAGGACAAGAUUCGUCUGAAGGAACGUCACAAGAAGUCGUCUGACAGUUUGAGUUCUUCUGUGACUCCAGCCAGUACAGAAAAGGUUUCCACCAGUCACCACAGCAGCAAAGACGGUGACGUGAAGUCCAAGAAGCUGAGUUCACACAGUCAUGGUCAUCGCAGUAAAAAGCUCGGGAGCAAAAGCUGCUCAUCCUCCUGCUCCUCCAGUCCCUUCAAUACAGGAGGCUCUCUGUCUUCAGCUCAGGACUUCCAUCAAUUCAAUCCCUCCUCCCGCCUGGAACGGGACCAUGACCGGGCCAGUGACGACCACAGUGGCGAGGAGCGCAAAGAGAGACACAGGAGAGCAGCAGUGAGGGAGGAAGAGGACGAGGAGGAGAAGGAGGAAGACAAAGAUGAGGAAGAGGAGGACAUUAAAUACCAUAAACCACCAGCACUGACCCCUGCUGAUGGUCCACUCUCAGGCACUCAAGGUCAUGACCGAUCAGAGAGCAACUCCAGCCCAUUUGAGAACAAGGUGACCAUUUCCACCUUCGGGUCCAUCAUGCGCAUCACUUCCACAUCUGGACUGGGCAGCAGCUGCAAGAUCCGUAAGAUCUCGUCAUCGGGGGACUACAAACCGUCAAAGUCUCUGUGCAAACCCUCACAUCUGAGCACUCCCCCGAUCCUGGAGGAGGUGGAUCCAGAGGAGAAAACCUCACCCCCUCCACUGGCUCGAGAGAGGAGGCACCGGGGGAACAAGAAGAGCCGCCACGGUCCAGGUCGACCCCGGGGCAGCAAGAACCGAGAGAGGAGGGAGGAGGAGCAUCACUACCACCAUCAGCAGCCAUCACUUCCUCCUCCUCCUCCUCCUCCGUCAUUCAGCUCCUCGCUCUACACGUCUGCCUCCUCUACUUCUCAUCCUGCGUUCUCCUCCUCGCUGCCUGUUACCACGUCCUCCUCCUCAUCUUCUUUCUCAUCAUCAUCUGCUGGCAGCUUUUCCUCAAGCCGUGGCAACUCGCUGCUGAGCACGGGAAUCUAUUCUAGUCUCAAGGAUCCUCUCUCACAGGGCGGGGGCCUCUGUGGUGCCCCUCUAUCGCUGGGUGGAGGAGUGUGUAGCACCUCCUUGUCCCUGGGAGGGGGUAUGUGUAGCACCCCUCUCUCCUCAGGCCUCCUCCCAUCACACACCUUCUCGCGGUCUCUUCCACCGAUCAACACCGUCUCCUCACAGGUCCAUCCGGGGUCCAGCAGCUCAUACAGUCUGACCUCCAGCCAAGCGUUCUCAAGUGUUCUCUCCACUGGCCCUCCACUGCCGCAACUACUGAGCCAAUCCCAGACCUCACUGCCAGAAGCCGACCUUGAUGACUGUCGCUUCCCCUGUCAGGGGAACUCACCCAGAGAGAGUCUCUCCUCACAGUCCCCCAUGAGCUGCCUUCCUCUACUCUUCGACCAGAGAGACGGGUUGGGGGCGGGAGUUAGACCUCAGCCUGAGAACGUCCCAGCAGCCAGCGCCCACAUAGAGCUGCUGCUGGAGAAACACAGCAACGGAGAGAUGGGAGUCAACAUUGUGGACAUGCUCCAGUCGCUCCACUCCCUGCAGCAGGAGAACCAGCGCCUCCAGGACCAGAUCCUCAGUCUGUCGGCCAAGAGGGAGCGACUGCAGCUGCUCAACACCGACCUGGCUGUUCCCUUCCCUCCACACACACACUCAGUCCAGGGCUCCAUGCACACGUCGGCCCAGAUCAGCUUCUUGGCGUCCACGCACGACCCCCUCAGUGCCAGCAAGAGCCCGCUGUCCAAAAACUGCUUCCUGAACGACACCUCCUUUGUUACCUCCUCUGAGGAGCUCCACUCUGGCAGUCCGUCCCGCAGUAGCUCCUCGCUGUCUUUCCAGAGCACCCCUCCGCCCCAUCAGAGCCCCGCCUCCUCCAGUCAGCCGCUGCUGAACGGCCUGGGUCGAGGCCUGAGCGAUGGUUUGGGGAGCGCCGGCUCUAACAUGCCUGGGGUGGGGGGCCUCAUGGCAUCUCUAACAGGAAGUCCUCAUCUCAACCUGAAUGGAGCUCUGAGCAGUCUGAAUGGUGUGAUCCAGUCUCCUGUCCAGAGCGCCCCCCAGCCCUCCCUCCCGUCUCUCAGACCUCAGCCCCCUCCUUUGAACCCUCAUGGAUUUCAGCUUCCCAAAAGUGCGAGCCCGUCUUCAGGCUUGUCGGACCACCAGAAGCAGCUUCUACUGGACCAGCAGCAGCAGCAGCAGCUCCAGCAGUUCCUCACCUCACAGAACUUCACACCCGAGCAGCAGCUACUGGUGUGUCAGAUGCUGCACCAGCAGAGACAGCGAGAGCUGCAGCGCCUGACACUGACAGCGGCUCUGUCCUCCAACCCCAACUCCCCCAUGCUGGCACAGUCCCCCAAUCUGCUGUCGUCCAGCACAGCCUCGCCCCUGCAGGGCAGCCAGGGGGGUCUCUUCGGCCUGCAGGACAGCACUCUCCACAAGGUGGUCGGGGAGAAGGGCGGAGACAAGAACGGGUGAAGCAGCUGCACUGGUCCACCCAUCUCAUCUUCCUCUCUUAUGAAUGUACAACAGGUUGGACUUUGUAUCAAAUUCUUGAAUUUUUCUGAGGUUGUGUAGGAUUUUUUUGCGUAGGCAGCUUCAGAGAGCAUGAACCCAGUGGUCUCUUCUUUAAUUGCACUAAAUUGUUUCUUCGACCAAGAUGGCUGCUGAUGUGGGAGGAGUCUAUUCGUCCCUGACUGCACACUCUAGUCCUGUGACGUGACCUCCAGCACUGAUGCUUCACCAGUUUCUAUCUUCACCCUGAUUCAUUCGCCUCUUUCUCUCGACCACGUUUGAGCUGUGUUGUGUAGUCAAUGGCAAGUCGACUUUAAGAUAGUGAUUACCUCAGAAGAGUGCGCCACCUGUGGUUCGCUUUCUUGUGACCAUUCAACUGCAAACCUUCACCGGAGAGGACAAAUCCACUCUUUAAUUCACAAGCAUCCACUAGAGACUCACCUUUUUUAUAUUCUUCUGGUUGCUAUGGAGAUUAAGCAGAUGAAACCAAACAUUUGGACAACCCUUUUUUUAUAUCAUUAUUUCAUAAACAAGUGAGCACUUUGCAUGUUAGAAGCAAACAACUCUUCAACCUUUUAAAGGAGGCUUGUUACUUUGAAGGCCACAAUGGACGUUCUGUUGUCUUUUGUUUUGUAUUUUGCACUCAGUCCUGAAGUGUUUCUCCUGUGUCUGUUUCUGACUCGUGCUUCUGUUAGCAAUACUGGAUAGAUAAUGCCUUAAUGAUAUGAGAUAUUCAGAGAAUACCUUGAGCCCAGAUGCUCUUCCUCUUUCUUUGAUGGUGUUUUUUUUUUUUAAUCUGGGUCACACUUCCUGUUUAUACUUUUGAUAAUGAACUGAGGACGUGUGAACAAGCGUAUAGUGGAUACUUGUGUCGAAUCCUUUUCUAUCGUUAUUACUUUGUACUUUGCGAUGGUCUUUAGUUGUUUGUGUUUUUUUACUUGCGAGAUCAAAUUGAGGACGGAGAGUGUCUGCACAGAGGCGUAAUAGGAAAUGUAAAUUAUGACUGAAAACUCUGUCACAAUAGUGUGUUCUGAGUAGCUUAGCUGUGAGCAGCUCGCGGAGCAUCAUGAACGUUUGAUGUUGCUUUCACCUGCUGGGACGUCUGAGCCCACAUUCAUGGAGUCCGAUGUAGAACCUGUCGUCGUGUGGCACAACUCAAAACACUUCUUCUUUCAGUGUACGGGACAUUUCCCUGUGAUUUUUCAUUUUCCUGUUACAGUUUCUGUUGUGAAUCCUGAGCAUGAGCUCCCACACAUGUAACACAUCUAGAACCUUCAGUUAGUAAGUGACGUAGGCGUCAGCGGCCGCAGCUGCUGACCAGAACCGUAGCAAUGACAGAAGGGAACGUGCAUUUCAUCCACCCGGUCAUGAGCCGACAUGCUGACACCACUCCAAGUGUGAGCUCCACCUGAAGGAUUGAUCCAGUGGUUCCUUUCCCAUGUUGCACUGGGGCACUACAGGCCCUCAUAUGAAUCAUUUUCAAAUUUUGUUGGAAUAUAAAUGUGUCAAAACACAUUCAUUCUGUUAAAGCUCUGAAUGUUGUGUAUAUCUACCUGCACCUGGAUGAGGUCUGAGGCAAAGUUUCCCUUAGAAGUGCAUGAAAUGCAGUGACUAACAUGUGGCUAAAUACCAAGUAAAAACUAUGCAUAGUUUAAAAAAAAAAUGCAUUUUACCGAUAAAAUCAAUGAGUAAAGCAAAAUGGAUGAGCACUUAAUUCAAAUCAAGGACGUUAAUGUACAGUGUAUUUGUUUGAGAGAAUUGAUCAAAUGAAAUUGACCAUAUUAAGAUUAAAAAAAAAGACCCUGUAAAGUAUUUUGAUAUUUUUUGUGUGUCAAAUGCAGAAUGAAGGUUUAAAAUGACUUUUGUCAAUAAA